UCACACACACACUUAUCAAACGCUGCUCUCUCUCUACAAGCAACAAAGGUUCCCACAAGGAACAACAAAAUGGCAGACACUUCUGCUGCUCAAGCUAGGAAAGGCAAAGAUAUCCAAGGAAUUCCUUGGGAGAGGCUUAAUAUCACAAGGUAAAAGUAUAGGCAAACUAGGCUAGAACAGUACAAGAAUUAUGAGGACAUCCCUCAAUCUGGCAAGGGGUCAAAGAAAGAUUGCAAUGUCACAAUGAAAGGGGGUAUGUAUUAUGAGUUCAGACGUAAUUCAAGAUCUGCGAAAUCAACGAGACCUCAUUUCCAGUCGAGCAACUCGGUUUGGGCUACAUCAAAGCAUGAUGUUUACCUUCAGUCACAUUUUUCUGUUACUCAUUGGUCUGCAUUAACUUGUAACAAGACUGAGGUUCUUAAUAGUUCUGGUCAUGUCGCACCAUGUGAGAAACAUCAAGGAAGUCUACUGGAAGGAUUUACCCGGACUCAAGUUAGCACAAUUGCAGUAAAAGAUAGGUUGCUUGUUGCUGGGGGGUUCAAGGGAGAACUCAUUUUCAAGAAUUUAGAUAGACCUGGAGUUUGCUUCUGCACGAGGACAACAUACGAAGAUAACGCAUCUACUAAUGUAGUAGAGAUGUACAAUGCUCAGAAUGGUGCAGUUCAUUUAACAGUUGCCAACAAUGAUUGUGGAGUUAGAGACUUUGAUAUGGAAAAAUUUCAGCUUUCUAAAAAUUUCAGCUUUCCUUGGCCAGUGAAUCACACUUCCUUGAGUCCUGAUGGUAAACUUCGUAUAAUUGUCGGAGAUAACCCAGAGGGUAUGUUGGUGGACUCCGGAACUGGGAAGAUGGUCGCGUCUUUGGUUGGUCACUUGGAUUUCUCAUCUGCAUCAGCAUGGCACCCUGAUGGCCUCACCUUUGCUACUGGGAAUCAGGACAAAACCUGCCGGAUUUGGGAUGCCCGAAACCUAUCCAAGUCAGUGGCGGCUUUGAGGGGGAAUCUCGGAGCCAUCCAACCGAUUUGCUACUCAUCCGAUGGUCGUUUCAUGGCAAUGGCAGAGCCUACUGAUUUCGUCCAUGUUUUCGAUGCCAAAAGUGGGUAUGAGAAGGAACAAGAGAUCGAUUUCUUUGGCGAGGUAUCUGGCAUGUCUUUCAGUCCUGACACGGAAUUGCUCUUUAUUGGAGUGUGUGACGCUAUUGGAGUGUGGGACCGUACAUAUGGUGGCCUUCUUGAGUUUGGCCGACGAAGGAAUAACUCAUGCCCUGAUUCUAUCAUCUGAGUGGGUGAUUGGACCUCUCUGCAAAUAAGUGUACAAAUAAAUAUGCAAAGGGGGGCUCUCUCAUUCUAUCAUCUCAGUUUGGCAUAAAAAUGUAAUUAAUGUGUUGUGGGAUUUAGGUUGUUAGUGUUUUUUUAGUUGGAGUGUUCUGUUUGGACCGAAGGCGGAGAAGCGUU